AUUGAUUCCGCACAGGAGGCGAGCGAACUCUACCUCAGCCUGGACCCGGGCCUGUCCGAACUCACCGAGGCCCUGUACGCGCUCCUGUCGCACAACCGGUGGUACCACUUCGUGCUGGUCACCGACGAGUCUCCCGAGGCAUCCACCGUGGCGCGCAGGCUGGCCACCCUGUGCCAGGGCGCCCCCUGGCGGCCGCUGCUGCACGUCACACUCCCCGCGGCGGCUUCCGGUUCCGGCGGCGGCGGGGGUGGCGGCGACGGCGACGACGACCAGCGGCGGCCGGCGCCCAUGCUCAGCCAGCUGGCGCGUGUGAGCUCCAGUCCCGCCCGCGUCCUGCUGCUGUUCGCCGAACCCCACCUGGCCCGUGACGUGCUGGACGCGGCGCGCACGUUGAACCUGCUUGCCGGCGAGCACCUGUGGCUGUUUGUCGAGAGGGCCGAUCCACAUCCCAGAGGAGAGAGCCCGUGCCGCGAAGACAGCGAGGGCCCCGUGGACGUUCCUGAGCGGUGUCCCCUGGGAGCGCUGAGCCUGCGCCUUCGCCGGGGCCCCGUGGAGCGCACCGAGGCCCCCCGCUGGCUGGUGGGGCUCCUCAGGGACGCCCUGGCGCGGUGGGGGCCCGUCGAGUGGCCGCUGGCACUCCGCAACGCCUCCUCUGCGCCGGCGCCCACCUGCUGGGAGGAGGCAGGAGCUCGUCGACACGCCUUCUCCACCCGACUGCACGGCUACCUCCGCGCGGCCGCGGCCGAGGCGGUGCAGAGCCAGCGGUUCCCGCCGCCGGUGUUCGACGUGCUCAACCUGGUGCCGGCGGGCAGCGUGGCGCGCUGGCGCGCUGUGGGCAACGUGACGCGUGGCUCGGCGCAGCUCGACUCGGUGCUCUGGCCCUCGGGCCCCGGCCAGCAGCCAACGCUGACGGGGCCCCGCGCCUGGGGCCGCCAGCGGUUCCGCGUGGUCACCGCGUACGCGGCGCCUUUCGUCAUGGCCGCCACGCGCAUCGGGAACGGCAGCUGCCUCAGUGGUGUCCCCUGUCUGCAGGUGUCCACUGCCGACCCGGAAAAGCUGGCGGCGCUGUUCGCCCACUACCACCUCACUCGCGGCGCGACCCGGCACCCGCUCUACAACGUCACCUGCUGCGCGGGGAUCGCCAUGGACCUGCUGACCUCCCUCGCCCGGGACCUGGCCUUCGACUUCGACCUGUACCUGGUCGCCGACGGCAGCUUCGGCACCGACCGCGGCGGCAAGUGGGGAGGCAUCACCGCCGACCUCAUCUCCGGGGCUGCCCACCUGGCGGCGACCGCGUACUCUGUGACGUCAUCGCGGUCUCGCUGGGUGGACUUCUCGGUGCCCUACUUCCACUCGGGCGUCUCGUGCCUCGCCUACGCCGUUAAGCGCGACGUACCCCUCUCGGCCUUCCUCAUUCCCUUCAGCGUGCCCCUCUGGCUCGCCAUCUUCCUCAGCCUCAAGGUGACAGCGCUCGCUGCUGCGCUGUACGAAUGGUUCUCGCCGUUCGGCCUGAAUCCGUGGGGCCGCCAGCGGACCAAGAACUUCAGCCUGGCGUCGGCGCUGUGGGUGAUGUGGUCCCUCCUCUUUUCGCACCUCGUCGCCUUCAAGGCGCCCAAGUCGUGGCCCAACAAGGUGCUCAUCAACCUGUGGGGCUGCUUCUCCGUCAUAUUCCUCGCAUCGUACACGGCCAACAUCGCGGCCCACUUCGCCGGCCUCUUCUUCCAGAUGCAAGUGCACGACUUUCACGACACCAGCCUGCUGAGCCAACGCACGGGCACGGCCCGUGGCACGGCCGCCGAGGGCUACGUGUUCGCCGAGAACAAGCGCCUGUGGGAGCACAUCCAGCGCUUCGGCGUGCCCACGCUCGAGGACGGGCUCGAGUCCCUCCGGUCGGGGGCGCUCGACGUGCUCAUCGGCGACACGGCCGUGCUCAACUACUACCGGGCCAACGAGCCCAGCUGCCGGUUGCGGCUGCUCGGCGACUCCAUCUUCGACGACGCGUACGCCGUGGGCAUGGCGCGCGGAUUUCCCCUCGCCAAAGGGAUCUCCGAGCUGGUGCUGCGUUACAACGCGCUCGGCUACCUCGACCAACUGCACAGCAAGUGGUACGGCCGCGCGCCCUGCCUGCAGGAUGGCCUGCUGCAGCGGCUGGACAAGCCGCUUCCGCUUGGCGUGCGCGCAGUGGCCGGCCUAUUCCUGAUGCUGCUGGUCGGUCUGCUGGCCGGCUCGCUCGUUCUUAUCAUCGAGCAUCUCGUCUUCCGCUACGCUCUGCCGGGCCUCAGGGCCCGUUCGCGAAACUGCUUCUGGAAGAGCCCAAACCUCAUGUUUUUCAGCCAGAAACUGUACCGCUUCAUCAACACGGUGGAGCUGGUAUCCCCACAUCACUCGGCCAAGGAGAUUGUGAGCAACCUCCGGGAAGGUCAAAUCGCCAGUCUGUUCCAGAAGAGCGUUAAGCGAAAAAUCAAGGAGGAGGCUCGCCGUAGGAAGAGCAAGUCCCAGUUCUUUGAGAUGAUCCAAGAAGUGCGUCGGGCUGUUCAACAGCAACAGUCCGAACGAGCCGGUGAUGAGGCCGACUCGCCAACGAGCCACCAAGACGACGGCCCCCUCAGCGCCACAUCCAGUAGCGGGCCCCUUUUGGUCCGGGAGCUUGGAGGCUCCCCAUCGACGAGCAGCAGCAGUCCCGCAUCCCGUCCGUGCUCGCCGUGCCUGCGGGGCGCGGGCGCGCUCCUCAGCGUCAGCCUCGAGACGCUCGUCGCCCCGCGCGUGCCGGUGCGUCGGCGGCGAGCCAGGUCCCUGGGCGACCUCUCCCAACUCCGGCCCCCCUGGGAGCCCCGGCGAGUCACCCUGGCCCCGUCCGGGGCGCUGGACGACGUCUGCCUGCAGGGCCUGUCGCGCGAGCAACUGGUCCGGCGCUGGCGCGACUCGGAGCGUCGCCUGCUCAACCUGCUUCGCGAGGCGGUACGCGAAAAGCAGGCGCUGGAGCGAAAGCUGGCCUUCCUGCACAACGCGCUGCGCAGGAAGCCGCCCUGAUGAUGGGACGAAGGGCCGCCCUGCUAGCGGCGGCUCUUCUUCGGCAUUUUAGUCCCUGUGCUACUACGUACUGUUGACGGCCACCGCCGAUCGAGUGGCUCGUAGGGGGCGCUUUCGGGGAUACUGCAAUCGGACCACGUGACGGCCGGGAGGCCCACGACAGCAGCGCCGCCUACGCUUUAUGCGCUCGUUACAAUUGCUUUGGCGUUGGCGCGCUUUCGCUAGAAGAUCGCUAUGCAGAAGAUUUUGUCAUUUGUUUUCACAGAGAGUGUGAGAAGGGGGCUGAUUUUUGACGCGCUUGAGCGUUUGAUGCCGUCGGCUUCUGGCGCCCGCGGUGCGAAUGUUCGGCCCCUGCGUCGCUUCAGGUGACCGUCCCCUGAUUCGCUCACGUACGUGCCGAAUCACACGGCGCUGUCCGCGGGGCAGUCGCGAGAGCUGCUUGCCUAUUCUUGCAGUCAUGUGGCACAUUCCUCGGCGCGAUUGCUGUAGUCCAUUGUGAUGCAUUGCACGCAACUAAGGGCGCAUCGACGGUUCCUCACGCGGAACGGUGCCCUUUUUUAGUUUUAGCGCCACCUGUGUGUGUGUGUGGCCGAAAUCCUUAGCAACGUGGGUUUCUUCGCAGCAUUUUUCGAUUGCGGUGCUUCAAAAGCCCCUUUCUGCCAAAGACUCACGGCUGCGCGGGGUGCCGACGACCAUCUCUUUCUCACUCACAAUGCAGCACUUGAUGAGCGUACAACCGCGGGCUCUUUAUCUCUGUAUGUGUCGCAUCGCUACAUCUCUACUCGCUGUGCCAUUACCGUGUGGUAUCGCUGCUACUACUACUGCUUUAUUCUCGGCUCCUCCGCCAUUCUCGCCUGCACGUGGUAGGGACACGUUGUCGUCCCGUAGUACUUGUCUGGUAAUACUUUGGUCUCGCUCCGUAUGCUAAGUACUACCACCCUCUCCUUCUCAAUAAGGGGGUGGAGGAGACCAAUGGUGCUAUAAACGCCGUGCUUGCCUCGGCGCUCAUCUUUGCUUUUUUCGGUGUCGGUGUCUGAAGGUCUUCCCUGCUGGACGGGCAAGCUAUAGCGGAAUGCUGUAUUUACUCUCCUUUUGUGCACGUAAUAUCGAGUGUUCUCUCUUUAUGACUAUGUGGGACGGAUGCUGAUGAUCUGUGCCACGGUUAGCGAUAACACGCAUUCGCAGUAACUCAUUACCAUACAGGCUGUAUUACUUACUCAAAUGGUCAGCCUAAUUUUCCAAUAGUUCUUGUUACUGGCCACUUCUAUUCAGGAUGAACCAGCCAUUAACCAUGACAGCGUCCUGAACAGCUCCUCGUUUAUGGGCUCAUAACUCGAGAGAAAGCCAAGCCUAGCAAAAUUGAAAUUGGGUUAUGCGUAUAUAUUUUCACACGUUUAUUUUUCUUUUUGCUGAAACGGCAAGUUGUUUGCUUGUUUUGGUUAACCCUUAGAGGCUUCUACUUACAAAGGUAAUACGAUAACCCAAGCCUACCUUAUCCCGAAUAAUCUUCUCAUAACCAGCAUGCAUAUGUCACAAAUAAUCCCCUGUGCCGCCUACGUAAAGGCGCGUCAAAGGUGCUAUAAAAUUGGAAAUUUUAACUUGCAGCCUUCAAAAAGAAAAUUAUCGCCACUAUAGCUACUGCAGAUAAGGAGGCGUCAACUCAAGAAAAAAAUGCAAAGCUUUGUAAGCUAUUUGCUUUCUUGGUCCUCAAAAUAUGGAGCCUAACCCUAAGUAUGCAGCCGCCGUCACAGCUGCUUAGUCGAAGGAAACGGCAUGGUCCGGUCUGCGUCAGCUCUCUUUGUAAAAGGCGUUGCACCACUUCGACAAACAGGUCGCUUUCUCACAUCGAAUGCUCAAAAAUGAAUCUCUCUCGGGACAGAACUUUGGAAUCGCUGAACAUCUGUUCUUCCAGUAGAUGGCGCCAACGAAAACCAGAGCGCACUUCACGCUUACUUUCUGAUCUGAGCGGCAUUUGCAUAGCCAUUCACCUUUUCGCUUUGACUGCGCCAACAAAAAAAAAAUGAAAAUGUUUGUUUGAAACCGUCAUUUUCAAACAGAAGUAAGUGUCCAGCAGGGACGGCUUUUGUACGUCGCGCCAAAUCGUGCCCCCGACCUACCCAGUCUCACCCCGGGACCAAACUGCGGCACUUACAUCCUUGAACACUUGACGCUGUGAAGCCUCGCGUCAGACGCUUGGAUUAGAAAGACAAAGGGGGGCGCAUGAAGUGUUGAGCGAACCGGUAGUCGUUCCGCUUGCACGUGGCUCAACUUGUUUGCGAGAAACUAGGAGAUAUCUGUAAAAUGAGCAUUCGCUUGGAAUAACGGGAUUAAACGUGGUCGGCUGAGCGCUUAUAAGCUUAGUGACGAGGGCGCGUCACACUUGCCGUUGCAGAUUGCAGGUCGCUAUCUUUUGCUCAAGCUGUUCGGCCGUUAUUUUACAUCUUCUACGCCUCAGAACGAGUGAGUUAGUCCUGCAAUAGUCCACUUGUUCUAAAGCCUAUGCAGGUGCCACGACGUUUUCAGUGGGUAUUUAGGAGGUAUUCAAGAAUGGUGCCAAGGCAACAGCGUAAAACUAAAAGCUGCACCGUUAUCUUGUACCUGGCAUUGGACUUGCAAACACAACGAAUGGAACGUACACCCAGAGACAUGGACCGUUCGUGCACUUCGGUUUUAGUUGCGUUUGUUGGUCUCUCUCCUGGUGUAAUCGACCACGUCCUCUUAUGCACAUUAAGCAGUUCACAAAAAGAAAAAGCUCGUUCAGGGAGCCACAUGCAUUCUAGGAGAUACGGAUAUCAGAGCGUUUGAUGUUGCUGGCUGAACAACUCCGGUCAACUCUGACUUCAUGUGCCCGAGAUCUCGUCACAGAGAAGCUGCCUCCUUCAAAUGGGCGAGCGUUGGGACAAUUCUAUGUUCAAUGUACCGACUCGGCGUCUGUUGCACGGCGCGUGUUCAGCCGCUGUUCAUUGUUAUCGUAGUCGUCCCCUCAGGGCAGUCACGUAGGGCUCAAUGCAAUUGUUAGAGAAGUGCCGGAUUUCAUUCCCGUGUGCGCCCUGCCGAAACUGUGCGUUCAAUACAUUAGAGCACCACGUGUUAUUGCACGUCGACUCGUGUCUUGUGCGAGCGGCGUGUGUAGGCAGGUCCAUGGCGUCGAUGUCGAAUGUUCGUUUUAGGAGAGCUACUUUUGAGAGGAGGACGCGGCGAAGUUCCUGUUGUCGCCUAUAUCUUCGUGGGAUGACGGUGAAGAAAAAAAACUUUGGUAUAUGCCUCGUCCUGAGGAGACCAUGUAUUUGUUUGUAGAUACUACGCCAUUACGUAGAGCAGAAGCGAAAGAAACACAUCAAUGUCUAGUCCAGCUAGCUUUCCGCGUUCAGUCCUAUGCUCGAGCUAUCGAGCACCCCAGAGAAUCACAGAUGUUCUGCACAAGUGCUCCUCGAUGACCACUAAUAACGCCCCAGGUUUGUACGAUAUUGUGUUAGACCUGCUCCGCUAGAGUCCACUUCUUUUUCUUUUUUUCCUAACGCUCAGAAAAAGAUGGGUGCUUUGAAGGUUUCGUGUGUCGUUUGCCCCUAGACAGUGUUUUAAAUUAGUCUUCUGGUUCUUUCCUACGUGUGGACCAUUUUGCACAGCUAGCUUCUGUCUGCGGCCGUACGUCAUGCCCCCUUUUUGUUAACGCACUUCGUAACGCUAAACGUUUUCUUGUAGAAGUCCAGACAGUUGGGACCUAUCCUUUAACACACUUGCCAUUUCUCAGGAGGACACAGAUGAGGUGCUUUUCACGCUUACGCAGUAUCAGCGCGAAAGCGUCAAAGUACACGUCAAUCUUACCAAACGUGACGCUAUUUCAAGGGCGACAUGUCUGCGAAGCUUUUCCCUGCUGCUUUUCCAGAGACAAAUAUAUCUUCGUCCCACUCCCCCAAGAAAUGUGGAAAAAUCAAGAAAAGGUUCCUCUCAAUAUGUUACCCACGAUAUAUAGCCGUAUCUCGAUUAUUCUGCAGGAUUACGUUGGGUGUCUGAAGUAUGCCCUUAGAAUGUCAGAAAGCCAGGGAUACUGAGCGUGCUCAUCUCUUAUCAAAGUUUAUACAGAAAGCAAUGAAUUUAGUUGCGUGCAACUGUCUCGCUAUCUGCAGCUGGUGUAGAAUGCAAAGUGGCCAUUACCUUGCUCAUAACGUCGAAAGCGGUUGCAGAUACGGAAGUGGUUGUCUGGGAUAAUAUGCAGCACAUCGGCAAGCUGACGGGCUUGUUCGUUAUGUUGACACCCAUCAUACACGAGUGUGAUAACGAGAGCGUAUGCACUUUCUAUGUUGACAAAAAGAAAGAAAAGCUAUCGGACAUCUAUUGUGCAUGUACCAAAAGAGAAUCGUGUGACGUAGGUGAGCAAAGAAAUAUUUCUGAUCGAUGUUUGGGCCAAAAAUACGAGCCGUUCAUUGUCGGGUUAGGACAAAUCAAAUAUGAAAAACUGCUCCCCGGCAAGUGAACUGCCUCUUCGUGCAUUAACACUCUUUGCCGAUAUUUAGCAAUGCUGCAAGAAGGUUUCUCGUGCGAAGUGUGGAUCGGACAAACUUUCGGCAGAAGUCGUAUUUCUGCGCCUAUUCGUCAAAAGAUAACUAGCUUUACUGACUUGCCAUGCUCUGAAAUCAAUUUUCCAGUGUAAAGUACUCUGGGUCACCCAGUGCUAGGCCGUUAAAGGUUAUGCCACUUGAUUAAGCACUUCUUGUUCGUGCAACCUGUGGUUAGAAACCUCAAAAUAAGUUUCAUUUCUGUUCUCUCUGAACACCAAGUUCGCAUCUCAGCCGUAGUCAUCUGAAAACGUCUUCUAAAGAGCAUGACAAAAAGUCUAAAAUAACCACUUCAUGCGCCGAAACAACGAAGUCUGAAAUUCAGUGUGCUUGUUUUUCCUCAAACCACUGGCGAUGAUGUUGGUGCUAACGCUGUUGGCGCGAGUGAAAAUCCUUUAACGUCGCAUGCGGGCCCUUAAAAAAAUUUUGCUCGGCUAUAUAUGACAGUCAACACUUGGACCUUUGAUGAGAGUCCAUGGAACCAUGCCAAGAAGAGAAGGUUAUGGACAGCUGAGUGACGUUGACAUCGCUAAGUUCUACUGACAGAGCACGAGAAGCCUUCUGCCACCGGAAGUCGCGAAUGUGAGAUGGAUUUAUACGGUCGCAGUCAAUGGGAGCAGCGGCAGAUGCUGUAGUAUUUUGGGACUUUUCGUACACCUAUAGCGGGAAAACUCGCAUACAUAUAUAUCUAUAAAUAUAUAUAUACAUAUAAACUAUACACACUCUACAUAUAGACGCGUAUACACAAGGAAAUGUUAAAGAAUGUAUCUUCCUAGCUACACUUGGGGAAAAAAAAGCAAUACGGUUGUGCUGGUGUCAGGGCUGUCGGCAUUCGGUUUUGACUGGUCAGGUAAUCAAAAUCGUCAUGAUACAAUAAAAGAAAAUAUAUCUCUUACGGGGAUUAUGAAGUAGUGGUCAGUAACAUAGGGUGAACCAAUUUCAAAAAGCAAGUCUUUGGCGCAAAUUUCUUCUAUGAUAUAUAUCAGGACCUUCGCGACAUAAGGUUUGGAUCGGUGCGAUAAGCCUUUAAUAGGAUUCGUCUAUGCACUUUUUUUACAGGACGUUGGCGAAAAAAAUGGCAAGAAUGCUACAUUUAUGCAGCUUUAAUUGCAUCUUUUGAUUUUGACGCAUGUGUGGCUCAAAAUUUGUUCCCAUUUUACGUUUCUGGACAUCGUUAUAGAAACUUACACUACAGCAGCGCAGCACAAUGAUGAUGUGUUCCCGAACAUUUUAAUUCAAUCAUUCAUUGUUGGAACGUUCCCUAGCUGCUAGUCUUGCAUACUCAGGACUUAGUUAAAAGGACCUUGAAGGAAUAUAUGUCUAAAAUAAGGUAGCAGUAUUGAGCGUGAGAAUUGUAAAACCAAUUGAUCUAAUACACAGCUGGAGCUUGUAUUUAAUCAGUAAAUUGCACGGUUCAUGGAUAAGGAGUCGCUUGUACCUACAGACUGCUUUUUUCGUUUGUGUCAAUGUAUGUUGUGCUGUUCCCUCACUCUUCUCGCGUUAGGCUUGGCAUAAGAAAUUCGCUAAACAAGCAUUUCCAAGAAUGAAAUCGCAAUUUGAGCUUAGACGACAUAAUAAAGCCAAACAGAAAUUUCAUGAAUUUUGAAUAGAAAUAGAUCUUUAUGCGUUCUCGCACUCAUUUCUAUGGCGCGAUGAUAAAUGAGAUGCUGACGAUUUUGUUGGUGAUGACGAUGUUGCCCAGGCUGACUUUUUUUGCUGAACGCAAGGCGUAAUUGGCAUUCACUCUAUUUUAUUGACAGUCACUCGUGCAAGAACCCCCCCCCUAACUUAGUCGGUCGAUUCUAUCCUAUCGCAGUGCUACUACGGUGCAUCCAGCUGCUCCUAAGUACUCACAGGGAUGUUGUUGACUUAGGGAAUUUCAAAUAGCCGACAUUUUCUUCGAGCUCUUCAAACAUCCUACAGUGUUUCGAGGGUAAUUGAAUUCCUGCUAUUAGGGCGACAUAAAACAACACACGUCUAUUUCCGUUGUCCUGUUCUAGCUGGUGGAUUUCGCUACAGUCGGGAAUUGAGAACCAGUCAGCCGGUAGUGAUCGGCAUGCCCUGAGGCAGAGAUAAUAUAUAUAUAUAUGUUGAGAAGUGGAUGAAUGGGCCAGUACUACAGAUGAAUGCCAGCAACAACUGCUCUACGAAGUAUUCUAUGCACUUUCUAAGACUGUCCUCUGCCAGCCUCCACACAAUAUGCCUGCUCGUGAACGAAUUCAUUUUGCGAUGCAACGCUGGUGCUUGCUUUAAUGGCCUAAACGCUGAGUACGAUGGCGUACGGCCGUGGCUAUGCAGGGACACUUGCGACAUAUGCGAUUCCCGCCUAUGAGAGGUGGCUAGCUAUAGCUUGCUUCGUUUCCUUAUUUUUUUUAAUAAGAGCAGCCAACCUAGUGCUCGCUUGUCACUGCUCGCGGUUUUCAUUAGAUUUUAGUUAAUACGAAAACUGUACGAUAUGGCCGAGCACGCGUUGUGUUAUAUGUCAUUUCAAAGCUGCAGGCCCACUUAUUUUCUCCGGGAAAGAAAUCUCAAUGCAGAGCUGAAGAGAAAACAUUGUUUAACGGUAGGCGUACUAGCAGCAUUAUUUACCAAUAGAAGGGGCGUGGAGAGUUCUGAGGAUUGCAUUUGGGUUAGUGAAGUGCUAUAAAUUAGAAUGUUGAGCUUAAAUCGCAAGUUCUGAAAGUUGUAUUGACUCAAUAUGAAGUUCUAGGUGUAUUUAAACUCUAGUCCUCAUCUACAAAAAGGUAGAAAAAUUUUAAACUGUGUAACUUUCAAUUCUAUGGCAUUUGUGAGCAUAUGCUGUUGGACAUUAAAUAAAACAUAGAUGAAAACCCACUUCUUGUGAGGAUAUCUCGCACCACAGAACUGACCACGACCAGUAUGGUUUUACUGUGAAGCAAAGGUAAAUUGUUCGUUCGAAAUGAGCAUUUGUAAGCACAGUAACUAGGUCGCCUCACAGAUGCUCUGUGUCUUUUUUCCUUGUAUGUUGGCCACUGGAACACUGAACUUGGUCUGUGCAGAAUGAUUCCGUACAUGAGAAAAGUAUCUUGAAAGUUAUAUAACUACCAGCACUUGUUCCCUGUUUAGUUCAUUAACCACUCCUACACUUCGCCUAAGUUCUCAAACAUAUUGUCAACGAAGCGCUUAAUGAAAGAAGUGGCUGUGAUUUUUAUGAAAAUUAAUACGCCGACAAGUGUCGUUGCUGAAAACAGAAAAUGAUUUCACCUUGCUUUGUCUUAAGAAGAGCAGUGAAGUUAUGGCGUUCAUGAAAAUUAUUUCAUGUGUCUCAGCGGUGCCAGUUUCGCAACUCAAACAGAUGUAUUCUUGAUCAGUACUUUACAUGCAACGUUCUAAACACGAAAACUAAUACCAAUCUGUUUCAAACCUCCUCGAGAAACAGGCAAUCGCUAUACCACAAAACUGCAAAACGAGCAUUCGUGUUCGUGACUCCAUUGCAUGCGUUCCUGCAGACAGCGAUGAUAGAAAGGCAUGUAUACGUGCACUGAAGACAGGCAGCGUAUGAAUUCCUGAAGGCUCCCGUUGUCUUGGAAACAUGCUCAGUGUAUGGGAGCCGGGCCACCUGAAAGUCAUUUUUUUUUUGCUGACGUUAGGCGUUCGCUGGCAACAUGAAACUACGUCUCCAAAACAGACAGUAAGACUUUCGUGUGAUAUCAGUAUUGAGGCUCAGUAUUGAGAAUCAGUACCGAGCCUCGAUGUUACUUGCGUCAAUACAGUUAUAAAAUCUCAAUGCUCUGACGACUUUGAUGCUACUACUAGCCACUUCAUAGAACUAACGCCGCACAUGUUUACCUCAUUACUCACCUAAAGCGUUAGGUCCUUGCACAUAGUGGGUCUCGUAGAUGAGCCACAUGCUUUUUAUAUGUGCAACCUGAGGCUACCCUGCAAUACGCCAAAUGCGUUUCGACAAUUCCCCUGUUUAUCCAGUAGCAGCUCAAGCGGUGUUGUUCUGUGAAUUGUUUGUCGCACCUUAGCGUCUGUGUAAAGUUGCCAUUAGUAUUUCAUGCCUGAGCUGCAUCUUAUAGCCGUGUUUUGUGAUGGGAAUGGGCCGCAAUGGUGAGCCGCGCACUUUGAAAUAUUUUUUCCUUACUCCUAUUAAUGCUUGCUGCUGUGAGGUACAACUGAGGUCAAAGAGGAGCAAAGCCUGAUGAUAUGUUUUCCCUUCGAAACGUUUACAAUUUUACGCUUAGGCAUAUGUCUGGUAUCAUCAAGUUCCGAACGUCAAACCGCUGCUGGUGGAUAGUAUUUGAAAUAUUUGUAUUUGUGCACGGAGAAGAGUAGAACCAGUAAAAUUACGUUCCCUAACCUCAAAACACGGUCAUAAUUGUUUUCUGGAAAGAGAUACUAUCAGAAAAUUUAUACAUUAUACCUAUUCUGCCAGUAGACCCGAAUUCUAAAGACAAAGCGCCAGUAAGUUUUGUGUCUGAAGAGAGUGCGCUUGCCAAGCAAAACUAAAACAAAAUGCAUCUGAAGCACACUUCGAAACUGCUGACUGUUUAUUUUUUGUUAUGAACGUGUAACCGUUAAAGCGAUCCCCAAAAAUUCCCGGUAUCCAUUCACAAAAUAUGUAUGUCAUAACACUUUCAAUGGGAAAGGUUGUGUCCGAGAAUAAUCGUCUCAUUCGCUAUCAACUCGUGCCAUAUGGCUUAUCCCAUGAGCCAAAUCGCAUCUCAAAAUGUUAAUGGCUGUUUUCAAAGAUUUUAUCACUGCUCUGCAUUUAUUUCGCAUCUUGAUAAUGCAUCAACUAACUUGGCAAAUAAGAAGUCCCGCAACGUUAACAUCUUGCUUUGCCCUCAACGGAAUAGAAAAUCCUGUCUAAACGUUCCAAAAAUGAAAGCAUAGUUCACAUGGCAAACAUCGCACUUAGUGUUUGACAAUACUGCCACAUUUAUUCUCGAAAGCGGUGUGUGCGUUGAAACGCUAAAGUGUUCGCUGACGUCAUAAUCGCGGCCAUCUUUCUGCAUCACGACUAAAAAAAAGGGCGGAGGGAAAGAGAGAGCAGUUAUUUCGAAGAUGGCUUUUAGAAAUCUUCACCGUAGUGCUUUCGAAGACGUUUUUCAUAGAGGCUCUGGACACGACAGGCCGCUUUGUAGUCAUUGCAAGGUGCAUCGUACAACUGGCUCUGGCCUGGUCGCGGCGUUCCCGCCACCAGGAUUUGCAAAUGCUAUCGACGCUUGAUACUCUGGUCUGGCUGCUGCUCCUUGGCCCUGACGCUGAAAGCGAUGCCUUUCCAUACUUCGUAGUAGACGCACAAUGCGCACAUCCUAUUCGAGGCUGUCAGUGUUGUGUUUGUUUAGACCCUUCAGCGAUAAGGUUCCCCAAGACUCACGGUCGGGCUUUACGUACAUUCGUUGAAUCGUCAAACACAUUGCAGAAAUAGCUGGAACUGUCCCGUCUCGUGUGAGCAGCUAUUUUCCAUGGAUGCACAAAAGCAGGCAUGCUUUGGCUAAACAAGGAUGAUUUUUCAUCGUCCCUGAAUAUAUGCAGCAUUAGGUGAGAGUAGCAGGUGAUAAAUGUUCCCGCCUGAACGCAACUCUAAUGCACACAGUCAAGGUGUAUCCGCUUGUCCCACUACUUGCUAACCAGUAGUGCAGUUAUGAGGAACGCCUACAGUCAGUGAAUUGUAUGAAUAUCAUUACAGUGUCUCUUUAUAGCAAGUGCUUAAACUCAUGCACAAAACCUUACCAGACGGGCAGCUAGCAACGCUUGCUUAUUCCGUUGACGUUAAGAGCUAAGUGUUCUCACGCUUCGCGAAAAUGCAUUUGCUGUAAAACGACCAGGCCAGAUAACGGUAUGCGGUGUACCGGUUUCUAGUGCUGCUUGACCGUUGUUUUCACGCUGGCAGCUUCUUCUCUUUUAGAGAAAACCAGCGGAGUAAUGCUGCGACGAAAGAAAUAGAAAACCUACCAAAAAACACACACACGAACACUCACGUUUUUACCGGUCUCAAGGCAUAGGGUUUUGUCGGCCCUGCACAGACUACAGUGCUGACCCCAGUGCUGGCCAAUGUUGGGCCAACGUUGGCAGAUGUUUUUUUUUUCUUUCGCUGGUCAGUGUUGAGCUCACUUUUACCGAGCGCUACUAGCAGUAACGACAAUUCUAGUGGCACGGAAACCAAGCAGUAGACUGUGGCACGAAUGAGGGCUCGUAGUAAUCUCACGAAAAAAUACUGGAGUGUAUUGUUUGCUGCCACUAGAUUGCUCCCUGUUUUUGACAUUCUAAUUUUCUCUCUUGCAGCGCACUUCCCUUGUCUUGCGAAAGCAUAAAGUUACACGUCCACUUUGACCAUUAGUUUCGUUUUAAACACGAGAAUAUGUGAUGAAAGUUUGUGCAGAUGAUACGUACAUACGCUUGCAAAUUCCAAUAUCGCUUUUAGUCAGCGAAGGAACAUUUUAUGCGCUAAUGUGCGCCAAGCCUUUAGUAAUUCAGUGAUGAACUCGUCGCUAUUUCUACGUCUAGUGCUGAGACUUAAACCGUGGGCGUGAAAACUGCGUAGUUGUCGAUCAGAGCCUUGCCAAACAAGUUGUCAGUAGCGGUCGGCCACCAAGUCUGCUGAACCUCCAAACGUGCGUUUGGACAAAAGUGCAGUAGUUAUCGAUCUCAACUCGUUUAUGUCUUGUCUAUAAUCUUACGCUGUACGCUACAGUAAUAUGCUUUAAUGAGCAUGAGAACGGUGUUUUUUGGUGUCUCCUGAAACGUCGUCAUGCAAGUUUCAAAUGUUGUGUGACCGGCUUGGCGGCAACUGCCUGCUGGAAGCUUGUGAUCCGGUUUGCAGGCUGCUCCAACGAAACCCAAGCUGUUAAUUUCUCUUUUGUCACUGUUGUCAUGCACUUUGCGAUCUAGCACCAAGAGCUGCUUUCGGCAAAGUUGGGAGUAGAACACGAAGUAGCUCCUGUCGUAUAAUGCAGAUGCUGGGACUUUGCUGGUGAACAGGUUUUGAGUUUUCGACGUGUGUACUUGCACUUCUGGUACCUGUGAGACGUCAUUUGAAGGUCCGCAGAUACCAGACCAAUGUAAAGUGAUUAUCAGUUUAAUUAUCUUCGUAUACAUGUUGAUCAUUGCUAGGUUAGGAAGACUUUAGUACCUAAGUGAUCCGAAAAUAUGUAUAUGAAUUGCGAAAAGGCUCCAAAUAUUUUGAUGCGCUGAGUUGAUCUAAAAAACAAAAAAAAAGUUUGUCAUAUUAAAUACAUGAGGGUCUGAACUACUAAACUGUCGAUCUUACGAUGUCUGUUGUGCACUUAUAACCGCGGAUCUAAACCAACAGUUAGUUUACGUCGAUUGCGGCAGUUCGUAAAGCAUUCCGAAUUCUCUUUGCGAUUAGGAUGAAGCAGCCAGUUAUUGAUUCGACAUCCAACGUGUACGCAGAAUAACGUACAAGAUUCUUUGUCCUUGAUUUGUCAGUUCCUGAGUUUAGUAUGUUUACCGUAGCUUUUAGCGUUAUCCCAAAUCACGCUUAAAUUUUUCUAUUUUGGUUGUUUCACCACUGAACUUCGAAAUGCAUUUUCUCCUUGAUCACAUUUUUUGUGCCCUCAAACGAGGACUGCAAUAUGUCAACAUGAAGAGAUCUCGCCUGUUUCUCGCUGUAUUUUGCGCGGUUUAUAGUGUAGGGCUUGCAAUUUCAGGAGCGAAGGUCCAGUGUUGGUCCAGCAUUGACCGGGCGUUGGUUGAAGUGCAAUUUGUCAGCCAACAGAGGGGGAUGAUGGUCGUUUUUCUAUUUGGUGACGAAACAAUGACCGCAUGUACAUAGUUUCGACGCUGGUCGAGCCUAGGCUGCCACUUGUUCGAAGUUGUUGAUGCUGAAAUAAAAUUUAAGGAGAAACCUCA